UGUAGCGAAGAGGCGGCGCGCCGGAAAGCUACAGGAUAGCAAGAAACUAGCAGUCAUCAAAACACAACUUCAGGGCCUGCAUCCGCGUUCACCGUUUAGAUUUCAGCGCAGGACACCUAUAGGUGUCUGCAAAGUGAUUCCCGAGGGACGGAGGACUUGCAAACUCUUGUUUAUGCGCGCGAAGUAAGCGUUUUUGGCAUCGUCAACUUGGCUAACGUUAGCUAACACUAGGCCCAGUGCUAGUGCUAGCCGUGGAGCUUACUUUUCGCUAGCAAAAGCAAAACAAGGAAUGAGUGAUGACCUCUGUGGUAGUGUCAGACGGUGGAGGGAACAUAGUGGAGUAUGUCACUGUGGUGGAGGAGCCCCAGCAGUGUGAGCAGCAUCCGGCUGAGGAGGAUGAGGAGGAAGAGGUGGUUCAGCAGGAGGUGGAGGCGGUGAUCAUGGAGGGCGGCGAGGAGGUGGAGGAAGAUGUGGAAGAGGAGGAGAGCGUGGUGCUGCAGGAGGAGGGUUGUCCGGCUGUAAUCGUGGAGGAGGUGCCCAGCGCCCAGGUGGAGGAGUGCUACUCGGCCCAGGUCCUGGUCUACGAUGACGAGACAUAUCUGAUGCAGGACGUGGCCGAGGAGCAGGAGGUGGUCACCGAGGUGGCUGAGACUGUGGAGAUGUCGGGUCAUGACAUGGUGUAUUUUGACAAAACGUUUGAAGCGGCUGAAGCUCUUCUUCACAUGGAGUCUCCUGGAGGACUGCACAGUGAACGCAACACAGCAGAGGAUGUGAUGAUGGAGACAGUGGUGGAGGUGUCUACAGAGUGUGGACCCAUAGAGGAGGAGUCCUUCCCUAUUCCUCCCGAGUGUGAACCUGCUGCCAAGAAGAAGAGGGGAGGUGGACGUAAGCCCAAGUCACACCAGCCUGCCUCCAACGGCUCCUUUGACCUGGGGAUCAAGAAGAGACCGAGGGAAGGCAAAGGUAACACCACCUAUCUGUGGGAGUUCCUGCUGGAGCUGCUGCAGGAUAAAAACACCUGUCCCCGAUACAUCAAGUGGAUGCAGAGGGAGAAGGGCAUCUUCAAACUGGUUGACUCCAAGGCCGUGUCCAAACUGUGGGGGAAGCACAAGAACAAGCCCGACAUGAACUAUGAGACCAUGGGCCGAGCCCUCAGGUAUUACUACCAGCGUGGCAUCCUGGCGAAGGUGGAGGGUCAGCGGCUGGCGUACCAGUUUAAAGACAUGCCCAAGAACAUUCGCGUGAUUGAGGAGGAGGAGGAGGGGGGCAAGGAGGUGGAAGACAGCGAGGGCAUGGUGUCCAGCCAGCACCUGGCUCACCAGCAGGGCCCCGCCAGCCUAGGCACGAACUCCCCUGCUGCCACCCAGCCUCAGCAGACCUACGUCACCGUCAUCCCCGGCAAUGCCACCACGAGGCCCAUCCGAGCCAUGCCAGUGGUCAUGACCAACUCACUAGGUCAGGUGACGUUAAACUCCUCGCCCAUCCUCACCACCACCACGGGCGUCCCGGUAACGGUAGCUAACGCCUCCGCCAGCGCUCCCCCCAAACUGGUGAUCCAGGCUCUGCCCACCGUUCUGCCCGCCGGCUCCAAAGCUGGAGAGAAGAUCACCAUCAUCACCAUCCCGGCCAACCAGCUGGCCACGCUCAUGCAGGCCAACUCGACAGGCCAGGUCACGCAGCUCAUCCAGGCCAAACCCGUGGCGACGCAGCUGGCACAGGCCGCCGCUAAACCCGCAGCCAGCGCCGCUCCUACGGUCCAGCUAACGACCGGCCGGUCGGCGCCGCAGCUCAUCCUGGCCAAACCGGCGGCGGUGGCUCAGCCGUUGCCUCAGCUCCAGGUGAGCCAGCCUCACCCCGCCCUGCCCAAAGUCCCCACCCAGCCCCCGAAGCCCUCCAACUGUCAGCCCGAGGCAGCACAAUCGGAAGUAGCAGCAGAGGCUCCGCCCCGCUCAAGCCCACCAGCAGCAACAGAAGAAAUCCCAUCAUCCUGAGAGCUCUGCCCUCAAAUGGGGGGGGGGGUAAGGGGGGGGUUACAGGAAGUGACUGUGGACACUGCUGAGGAAGUGCAGGACACAUCCCAGACCACCCCUGCCUCAGGGUACAUCUACUCUGUCAUUGGCUCAGACUGGUCUCCAAGGAGACAGAGGCCCAAUAAAGGAUAAAAGGGACUGUUGUAGACACACACACACACACGCACGCAUACACACACACACACACACACACAGGUCCUUCAGAGCUCAGAAGACAUGGGCAGCCUUAGAUUGUACAUGAAAAAAAAAAAAACAAACUUCUUUUUGUAAUCAAGCCUAAUAUAAAAAGCAGAAAAGAGAAAUCUUGUAAACAGAAAUGUACAAAGCAUUUUUUUUGAUACUCAGCCUGGAUGUAUCAGUACACACGUAGUCAGAAUCCAUCUCUUUGUUUCCUCCUCUGUUCCAGUCUAUAAUGGUUUGUCUGCAGAGUUGCGCUCCCCCCCCCCCCUCCUCCAACAGCACUGUCACCUCCUCCCAGCACCCAGCGUCUUUUUGUACUGUUCAUAAAAAGGGAGUAAAAAGGAUGUGUGCAUCGACGAAAAAAGAACUAAAUGGUGUGCUCCACAUUUGAAGUAUGAUAUACUAUUUUUUUUUCUUGUACUAUCAGUGUAUUGAAGUAGAUUUUACUGAAAUAUGUAUUAUAAAAAACGACAAACGUGAAUUAAAACUGGCUAAAGUUG